AUGCCACGAAAACCAAAAACUGAAAGAGGAAAAAUUUUACAUAGUUUACAUGAAUACAUUAAAUAUCUUCAACGACUUAAAAAACGUUCAACCGUAAAUAUUAAUGAUAUUUGUGAUGGUGCCAUUGAGCUCUUUGAAAAUUAUAAGAAGUCCAUUAGUGAUGAAAUCACCAGCGAGUCCGAUUUUCAAAGAGAAAAACGAUUACUCGAACGUCAAAAAAAAUAUUAUAUUGAAGAAAUACGACGUCUUGAAGAAACAAAUAUGGAUCUUAUCGAGGAACAUAAAAAUGUUAGAACUGAAUUACUCGAUGAAAUUGAAAGGAUCACGAACGAUAAAGAUCAACAAAUAUCCGAUCUUCAAAGUAAAAUCCGAAAUCUCGAGAAUAUAAACAACGAACUUAGAAGAGAGUUAGAGGAUAUUGAAGAAUUUAUUAAGGAAUCUUAA